CGCCUUCAGACCCAGCGCGGCCGCCGUAGCGAGGGCGGCAACAUGGCCGCCUUGGUCUUGGCUGGUGUCCUGAGAUCAGCUUCAGGACUCCUGCGGCCCCUGAACAUCUUGGCAUCCUCAGCCUGUAGGAACAGUGCCAAGAGUGCCUGUGUUGACUCUGUGCUGUCCACUGGGCGGCUCAGUCACGUGCAAACGCCCGUCAUUUGCUCUGCUCCCAGGCUUGUGGGAAACCUGAUGUGUGGGCAUCUUACAAUCCUUAAUAGAGUGGCCCCUUUGCUCCCCAACAUCCUCAAGCCUCCCGUCAGAACCUUGACGUACUGCAGUACUCGGAAGGGCAAGAGAAAGACUGUGAAAGCUGUCAUCUACCGGUUUUUUCGACUUCAUUCUGGCCUUUGGCUGAGGAGAAAGGCUGGUUAUAAAAAAAAAUUAUGGAAAAAGACAGCUGCAAGAAAAAGACGCUUGAGGGAAUUCGUGUUCUGCAAUAAAACCCAGAGUAAACUCCUAGAUAAGAUGACGACAUCUUUCUGGAAGAGGCGGAACUGGUACGUCGAUGACCCCUAUCAGAAGUACCACGAUCGCACCAACCUCAGAGUGUAGAGAAGAGUCUCGGCUCCUGUCCCUGAAUGUCCUCUUUGUCCUCGUGACGCCUUGCUAACGAGUGAGCUAGGACUUGAAGUGAAUUGUACUGGCUGAUGUCAAACACACAACACCAGUAUUAAACCUGAGGAAGUCUUACAGUGA